GUUUUUGAAAAGCUUGUCUGGAAAUAUCAAAUGGAUGGCUCCUUUCACAUUUUAGCAACAUAUCUUGGAUUUAGUCAUCCGUUUCUAUUGUUACUCUCUCAAGCUUUAGGUGUAAUGUACAUAAUAUUUAACAACUCUGAUCGAACCCUUCAGAAACCUGAAAAGAUGUUAAUGAUGACGUUGUAUCAUUGCAGACCAAGCUUCAAAAUGAAUAUGGAGAGUCCUUUCUGGCUGCUCUAGAGAGACUUUUAUGGGAGCUUUUGCAUAGAAUGCAGUCAAUUCUCAAUCACAAGGUAACAUGUAAUAGAGUUUGGGUUGAAGUGGAAGCAGCGAUGGUACAGAAACUUUAUUUAAAGAGGGACGGUCAUAUAGAUAUUAGUAUUAUUAUUAUUAUUAAGAUUAUUAUUAUUAUGAUAUUUAUAGAGCGCCGUCAAAUUCCGCAGCGCUUUACAAUGGGUGGACGAACAGACAUGUAGUUGUAACCAGACAAGUUGGACACACAGGAACAGAGGGGUUGAGGGCCCUGCUCAAUGAGCUUACAUGCUAGAGGGAGUGGGGUAAAAUGACACAAAAAGGUAAGGAUAGUAUUAGACUAGUGACAGUUGCAGAAGAGGAAUCAGUUAGGAGCUAUUAACAGUUUAAUUGAUACGCUUUUAUGAAGAAGAAGUGGGUUUUAAACGAUUUUUUUGAAGGAGUGGAGACUGGGUGAGCAUCUGACAGAGGAGGGAAGCGAGUUCCACAGGAAUGGUGCAGCCCUCGAGAAAUCUGACUUGAUCUUAAAGAAAAUACUUUGGAAAUAAAUUCGGGGGUCAAAUUAAUACCACAAAAGAACAUUUUAAAGUCUGCCGAAUUUUUCUUGCAAAGUAGGCUGGUUCAGUAAUUUAUAGUGUUGGGCCGCUAGACUAUCUUAAUUGCGAUAUAGGUAACAUUUGUAAGUACUUUAAAAAUGAAUUUGAUUAAGUUUGAGUAGUUGGUAAUUGAUUAACUAUUCAUAUAUUUUAGGUAUCAAAUUUAGAUAAAACUGUUACAGAGUCCCCAGAAAACCAGAUUGUCUCUCUUGAGCCAUCGCAUCAGCUGCAACAAAGACCACACUCUCACCAUCGAGAUGCUCCAGGUAAUUUAGUGAAUCGUAUAAAAUGAAGAAAACAUUGAUUCUUUGUCACUUCUUAACCUUUAUAAAAAAAAAUUCGAAAGAUGACUAUUAAAAUGAUGCUGCAAACCUCCUAUUGGUAAGCAUAGAUUGUCAUGGUGUUUGGCAAGGUGUCCAUCUACAAAUCCUAGGCCAUCAUGAAAUGUCCUAUUUAUAUCCUAUCUAUCAUGUGACCAUUAGACAAGCUGACAUGUUGAGUCCAGUGUUGCUGCCAGUAAUACAUUGUAACGUAUAAAGGUCUUGGAACGAGACGUGCUCUCUGCCUCCACUGUAAAUGGUGCACUUCAUAGUGUCUGCAUGGUGAGAGACUUAGAAUCAUUUCUCUGUGCUGCUGACACUUACGCGUGCAUCACAAGUGUGGCUCGUGCCAUGGUGUGUUUUGACAUCACUAAAUACCCACAAUGCAUCUUGCAACAUUUUCAGGUUCUUAGAACUCAGGCACACACUAAGCAUUGUGGGAUUUUUUGAUUGGCAGUGUGGGAGCGUAAAUCCUUUAAUCCACGUCACUGCACGCGUAUCCGGUAAGUAUUUCCUUUAAUCCACAUAAUUGUCUAUUAAGCAAACUGAUUAACAUAUUAGCAGUUUCUAGAGAGGGGCUCUUUUCCAGGCUUGGUUAAAAAUGGGUCCAUGUUAAAGGACCACUAUAGGCACACAGACCACUUCAGCUUAAUGAGGUGGUCUGGGUGCCUGGUCCAGCUAGGGUUAACCCUUUUUUCUAUAAACAUAGCAGUUUCAGAGAAACUGCUAUGUUUAUAAAAGGGUUAAUCCUGCCUCUAGUGGCUGUCUCAUUGACAGCCGCUAGAGGGCUUCCGCGUUUCUCACUGGGAAAAUCACAGUGAGAAGACGCCAGCGUCCAUAGGAAAGCAUUGUGAAUGGGUGGUGGGCGUCCAUAGGAAAGCAUUGUGAAUGGGUGGGGGCACCCUCAGGGCACUAUAGUGGUCCUUUAAUAUCCUUCAAUCUGUUAUAGACAGCUGAGAUUGAAAAUGCUCCAUCUUCCCCUGAUUUUUUUUUAAUUUUAUUUUAUUUUUUCAAGAUGAAGGGUUAUUGUUUAACAGUAAAAACAUGCUGGUUUUACAAGCUGCUUCUUGCAGAGAUGUUACAAUGACCGGGGUAAAUAUUAAACAUCCAGCAUAUUGUACUAAUACGGACACACGCUCUUUACCCAAUUCUAGUAAACUGUAAUAUGAAUUGCAAAGUUCAGGCAAAAUAGCGCAGUUCUAACAAUUCUUCUACUUUGUUAUAGCGACCGCUUAGCUAUUUAAUCUGAUAUUUUCAGAUCAUUGUUUUUAGUAAAUUAACCCCAAAGCUGAUAAAGAUGUCUUCUGCCAAGUUGAUAGGAACGCCUUUGAGGACAUUAUAUAGAAGUGAUGGGGAUUUAUUCACUAAGCUGUGCAUUGUAGUCAGUAAUAAAACCAAACUGCAGAGUUGACCAGAUGGAAAUGAUCUCCAACAUAAUGGAGGUUUUGUUUUCUUAUAUUUUGCAAUCCUCAACUUGCCACAGUACUCUGUAACGUAAUCCAUCGUCUGAGCAAAAUGAGGGAUUUGGAAUGACAUCACGUUGAACAGGAUGUGAGAAAAAGAAUGUGUGCAAAUUAUAUAUCGUUUUCUAACUCGAACAAAAUAAAAAAACAAAGCUUGUGAAAUCCAAAUUAAAGUGUAAUUUAAGGAACUUGAAAAGCUAUUAUUUUUCCUUUCUAUUUUUAGAUACAUCAAGCACUCCUUACCAUACUUGUACUGAAGACCCAGCAGGAAGAGAUCAGCAUGGAGACUCUUUAUCUUACAAAAGCAGUGCCUGCUCUGCAGGAGAACAGAAACUGGAUAAGACUUUACAAGCUCUGCAUGAAACAAGUCAGGAGUUCACAGAUCCCAAACUAGCCAGCGACUGCAGACUUAGCAGGGUCUCUGUGCAGAAUGUUGCCAACUCUCAGAAGUUUUUAGAUGAAACGUUAAUUGAGCAGGAGCCAGACCCCAAUAUCCCUAUUUUCCAUUCUGAGUACCCAAAUGCAAAGCAUCCUGUUUUUGACAUUUUUGGGUGGGACAUUAGUGAAGCUUUGGAGGUAAACCAUCUAAAUAAACUUUCACCACCAAACCCUUUGCAGUCACAGGAAUUUGACGAUGUUUUGUUGGGUAAACAGGUUCUGCCAAGCUUGUCCAGGGAUGUCACAAGGAGCACUUCACCAUCAGUGGGCUGUGACGUGCUGGAACUGCCAGGAACCCAUGAGAAAAGCAGGCUGGCACGUGCUACAGAACAGGAGCCAGAUGUCUUGCAGGCCAAUGAAAUGCUGCAUCGUUGGCAAAGUGCUCCCCUCAGAGAUGUUCCACAUCAGUCACUGUGCUGUGUAGGGCAGAACUCCCAUAAACUGGGUCCUCACACUAGGGGCGUAGCAGGGAGGACUACAUUGUUCAACUGUUCUGUGCCACUGCCAGUGUCCUUUAAAUACCAACCAAUGGUGAUCCUGACGCAAUUACCAGUGGAGAACGUUAGCACACCUAACAAGUGCACAGAACAGGAAAAUGCCAAAUCUUCAGCAAGUGAGAUGGUGCCACCUACAGAUGACACUGAGCUUUCAUACGCCACAACUUGGAGGGAUUCUGAAAGCUGGAUGGACACGUGCUCUGGUGACUGUGGCAGUGAUCCUGAUUAUGUACCGGGUUGCUUUUAAAGAGAGCUGUUCAUUGUGUUGGGGUGUGUGUGUAUUCCUGAGCCAAUCACUGUUUUGGGACAUUACCUACCUCUAUGAAUCAAAGACUGAGUAUUGUCUGUAUAUAAUGUAUCUUUUUAUCUUUGGAAUAUAAGCUCCCAGUUCUCUGCUGACCAUCAGCUAAUUGAUAAUGAUGGCAAAUACUUGGGCUGUAUACAAGCAUUCUGCUUUAUUCUCGGAUCACCAUUUUCAAAGCCAUAUUGUGAUAACACAGCGUUGUGCCCCCUGCUCCUGUGGCCGAUACAUGGCUCAGAAUAUUCCUAUCAUGAAUUGCUCUAUGUGCAAUGUGAUGUAGUCAAUAUGGUGUCGCAACCACUGGGGAAUUAAUUAUUUUCUUACAGCAGCGAGGUUGGACAUUCUGUUCCCGUUGUGUUUACACUAAACUUAAUAUUCAUUCCAGGAGAGCUGAACAUACACUCAUUCCCUGAAGCUCAUAAAAAGAAGAGACCGGCAUUUGCUGAAACAGGCAAACACUAUUGGACAUAUUUUGCAAACAUGCAUAUACACACUAAACUGUGAAUUGAGGAGAAGUUACCAGGGAAUAGUCAAUUUUCAGCCAAAAUAGCCCUAUUUGAAAACUCCUGGGGUUGGCAACCUAUAGCAUGUGAGGCUGCCAGAUUCAAUUGGGCCAGAUGGUGAGAUCAGAGGAGCCAUCCCAGGGUGCUCCAGCACACGGAGUAUAAGGGAUCCUGUGUUCUGCACAUCCAGUGGGUCCAUAUGCAACCGAUUCACGAUCUGCCUCUUCCCGGUGAUUCAGAGCAUUGCUGCGUUUUCCCAUGAUUAUGCUCUGACUCGCUGGUAACAUGUCAAAUUAGAGACAGAGGGAGGGGAGGUCUGCACCCGUGGAAGGUGCAGACUGCAAGUUACACCACUUGGCCACCAGGGAUUUUGAAGAUUCACGCCCCUCUCUCUGGGCAAAGUAAGGCAAGAGGUAGUGGUUAAUUACUUUAUUGUCGCAAACACAUACACAACCACAACACAUACACAACCCAUACGCCCAAAAUACCACUAACAGACCACAUUCACACACAAAACCUACAAGCAAACCCCUCCACAUAAAUGAACACAAACGGCUCACAUGCAAUACUACAUACAGCCCAUAUGUGCACUUGCAUAACACCACAAACAUCCCACACCUAUGCAUAAAACCGACCCACAUAUCUCACAAAGCACCCAUAAAUAACACCAGCUAAAUUUCUUCACAUACCCUAUGGGUCUUCAAAGUUUUACUUUGCCACAGCACCACCAAAAGGUUGCCUACCCCUGCUCUGUUUAAUCUUUCAUCACAAUACAGCUGUUUUUGAUAAUUGGCAAUUCAUAUCUCCCAAAUUCUGUUUCGAGAAUACCUCGAUUAGCGCACAAGAUGUAACUGCCAAAUAAUUUUGUCUUAGCCUGGACUCUUUGACCGCAAGAAUGUCAUAGUUAUACAUAAUAUAAUAUUUGUAGCAUUGAAGUUACAUGAAAAAUCUAGGUAUUAUAAAAAUAACUGUAUGUGUUUGUAUGAUGAUACAAUGCUGAAUUACAAUUAUUUUUACAUUUUUUUUUUUAUUCAUUGUCAUUUUUCUUUUCUCCUAACAAUGUUUAAAAGAGAACAUGAGCAUGGGUUAGAACAAAAAAAAAAAGGUGCAAGAAAACACCAAACCUCCUGUACAAUGACAGCUAC